GCGAAUAUACAUGUGCGUAAGAAAUACACCAUAAGCCAUCUCAGCCAAUUAAAUCCGAAGAAUUAGCACCGAGGAUGCGAUUACCAAUAAACGCGGCGCUACCUACUGCUCCAAUUUCUCGGCCCGCCAAUUCGGAACUCCGACUCCUCGGAGCUACGUACCUAACACAGUACAGCCGGCACCGACGUAAUGAACGAACCGCACGCACACAGAUUAGAAAAAGCGCGAAGCCGAGAAUCCUGCACGCUGUUGACAUGGCUCUGACUAGACAUACUUGUUAUCGAGCGGGGGUUGCGAACCUGUCUUACAAUCGUUAUGUCUUUGCGACCGUUAGCUAGAGCGACUUGGUGGAAGCGCGCCGUCCCGUCCCGAAUAAGUCAUCCAAUUUCACUUGCGACGACAGCUCGACGACGUUUGAAUACCGUCCCGAAAUGCCCAGAACCGACGUGCGGCUGUGCUGACACGCCGCCGAUGCCGUUGGGACAGGGUAUCGACAAGGAUGGCAAGCUGAACGGCCUCAUAGCGUCGUAUGCGCAACAGGUCUUAAUAUGUACUGGUAAAGACGACUGGUCGUCGCGCAUAGAAGAGGAUAACAGCGGCGACAACUUGGCUGCUGAUCUCAAGGAGUUGAUCGGCCGGGGAGGCACGUACAGUGAUCCUUUCCAUAAUAUCUCCGUCGUAAACACCUCGUUCCCCUCCGCCAUUUCGACGCGGCCCGAGGUGCAAACCACAUCCGUCUACCUCGUCCCCAGCUUCAAAUACAUCCCAUUCCUCCCGAGGGUAUCGUUCGAUUCGGUACAAGCCCUAGUGAGGGGAUAUCUACUACCGGAGAAGCUCCAUCCGAUGAAUGAGGGGCUAUCGCCUAUACAUAAAGACCGGCUUCUGCGGAAAGAAGCAUAUCAGCAGUUGCUAUACGGGGUUCGCGAUGUUGAGGACGUGCUUGUGUUGAUCUGUGGGCAUGGACAACGAGAUACAAGAUGUGGCAUCUACGGGCCCAUUCUGCAAGAAGAAUUCGAAAGACAGUUGCCCCGAGUAGGAAUAGAUGUCCUUCACGGACCGGCGAUAGACGAGAGUGUAUCAGCACCGCCGCUCCCCGGCAGUACGACCGGGACAGAAACGCCACGCACAGCGAGGGUAGGCCAGAUCAGUCACAUCGGAGGGCAUAAAUUUGCCGGAAAUGUCAUCAUUUAUCUGCCGCCAACUCUCACAAACAGCGCUGGUAAUCCACACCCGCUGGCCGGCCACGGAAUCUGGUACGGCAGGAUAGAUCCAAAGCACGUAGAAGGCGUGAUCAAGGAGACCAUUAUAAAUGGCAAUAUUAUCACGGACCAUUUUAGAGGCGGAAUUAACCAGAAUAGCGAGCUUAUUAGAUUAUAGAGUAUUUGGAAGUGACGGGAUGUCGCUUCGUUUGAGAGACUUGCGGUCUUGUACUGUACCAUACGUCGUUAAACCUCAACUCAUAAACAUAGAGCACAGAACUCAGCGUCUCAAUGCAAGAUAAACUAUAAGAGGCGUAUACUGCUGGGUUAAAAAUAAAAGUAUUAAGUAUUGAGUGAUAUUAUUUCAGAUCCCUAGGUACAUAUGUAGGUUAGUUA